GAAAUCCAGCAUAGCGGGAGCUUUAAUACACUAACUAUCCUUUUAUUUACUUAAAAAAAUGCUUUAAAAACAAACAAACAAAAAAGCUGCUAAAAGAAUCUGAUUUGAUAUUUAUUUGUGGCGCAGAACACUUGUGGCAGAUACACACACGCCAAAGUCUAGUUAAGAACAACAAUGGCAUUUCUUAGUGGAACACUAUCUACUUUACCUUUCAAACUUUACACUCGUUCUUCUUCUUCACAACAACAACAAGAUACAAAUCAAAAUACAAAAUCACUGAAAAUUAGAGAAGAUUGGAGGAAAAAAUCUCGACCUAUUCCUCCUGGUGGGACUUAUCCAGCUAAAGAUCACUGCAGCCAUUGUGGUUUGUGCGACACUUACUACAUCGCUCAUGUCAAGAAUGCAUGUGCUUUCUUGGGGGAUGGCAUGUCUAGAAUUGAAGAUUUGGAACCUAUAGUCCAUGGACGAGGACGGAAAGAAGAUUCCUUGGAUGAGACUUAUAUGGGGGUGUAUGAGAACCUAUUGUAUGCCCGUAAAACUAAGCCUGUGGAAGGUGCUCAAUGGACGGGGAUAGUGACAACUAUUGCUGUGGAGAUGCUAAAAACUGGGAUGGUGGAAGCUGUUAUUUGUGUUCAGAGUGAUCCGGAAGAUCGAUUUACUCCCCGACCUGUCCUGGCAAGGACUCCAGAGGAAGUUAUAGCAGCUAAAGGUGUUAAGCCGACACUGUCUCCUAAUCUAAAUACUCUUGCCUUAGUUGAGGCAGCUGGUGUGAAGCGCCUUCUCUUCUGUGGUGUUGGAUGCCAAGUUCAAGCUUUAAGAUCAGUGGAACAAUAUUUGAAUCUGGAGAAGCUUUAUGUACUAGGCACUAACUGUGUGGAUAAUGGACCACGAGAAGGCUUGGAUAAGUUUCUGAAGGCUGCUAGCAGUGAACCUGAAACAGUUCUCCACUAUGAGUUUAUGCAAGACUACAAGGUCCAUCUGAAGCAUUUGGAUGGCCAUAUUGAAGAGGUUCCCUAUUUCUGUUUACCAGCAAAUGAUUUAGUUGAUGUCAUUGCGCCAUCUUGUUAUAGCUGUUUUGACUACACAAAUGGCUUGGCGGAUUUGGUGGUGGGAUACAUGGGUGUGCCGAAAUAUAGUGGAAUUAGCAUGAUGCAGCAUCCCCAGUAUGUUACUGUCAGAAAUGAACGCGGUAGAGAAAUGCUAAACCUUAUCGAGAACCUUUUGGAAAUUACUCCAACGAUAAGUAGUGGUAACCGGCGUCCAUUUGUCAUGGAAACCGUGAAGGCAGAUGAUGAAGCAAAAUUUGGAAGAGGUCCUUCUCAGCCUGCUCCAAAGUUUGUUGGAAAUCUGAUUGCAUUUCUUCUCAACAUAGUCGGACCAAAGGGCCUAGAAUUUGCCCGUUACUCGCUAGAUUACCACACAAUCAGAAAUUAUUUACACGUAGUCCGCAAAUGGGGAAAACAAAGAGCUGACAGACAUAUGCCAGAAUAUUCAAAGAAAAUUGUCACCAUGUACAACCAGAGUGGAGAAAUUGAUCAAAUGCUUUCCAAAAAGUGAAUAAUUUGAUAGCGGAACUUUGGUGUUUGCAGCUCAAGCUUUGGUGAACAAAGUUAUCCAGUACCUAUGCUGAAGGGAGGUCGCAGCCUAGCAGGUAUCUCCGGGAAGUAGUCGAGGUACGUGCAAGCUGGCUAGGACACCACGGUUAUCAAUAAAACUUUGGUGAUUGCUACUCCUCAUGUACGUAUAUGAUGUCAAAUUAAACAUGAAUCUGAAUCAACUCUUUUCGAUAGAGCCAGUGUAAUUCCUUUGUGAAUAAUCAACUAUAUUGUCUCAAAGGUAAAAACAGUUCUUCAUGUAUGUGAUUUAGUUUCAAAUGCUUGAGGAUAAAGCUUUUGAUAGUGAA